GCAAGGGAACGGUCGUUGCGACCUUGGGCGUGGUGCAGAAUGUGACGCCAGAGGCGCGAGGCGAUGACGAAGGCGGAAGUAGGGCAAGGAAUGCGGGGGAGCUGUUAGGCUGUUUUUUUAUUCCCCUUUCCCUUCCGCCACCGGCUGCGGCUCCUACAUGGAGGUACAAGAUGCUGGGCAAGAUAUGGUGGCUUCCCCUGCUACACCAGGAACAGGCAAAUCAAAGCUGGAUACAUUACCCAAAGAAGAUCUCAUCAAAUUUGCAAAGAAGCAAAUGAUGCUUAUACAGAAAGUGAAGUCAAGAUGUGCAGAAUUGGAAAAAGAGGUUGAAGAACUCAAAUCAAAGCCAGCUGCUGGAGGAACAGAUGAUAUUAUUCAGGCUCUCACAGAAAGACUGGAUGUUGUUCUUUUGGAAAAAGCUGAAAGCCAGCAGCAGUGUCUCGCUCUGAAAAAAGAAAGUGCCCAAAGGAAACAAGAAGCAGAGACUUCUGUAACAAAGAUAGAAGAACUGCAGAAGCAAUUAGCAGAGUCAAGUGCUGAUUACUUGAAAGAAAUUGAAGCCCUUAAAACAGAAAUAGCAAGAUCACAGUUCAUAUAUAAUGAAGACCUGACCAGACUACAGAAGGAACUGGAAGAAGAAACAAAGAAACAGAAAGGGCUUAUGCAACAGCUUGAACUUUAUCGUAACCAGGAAGAAGAAAUGAAAAAACUACAAGAAGAGGUCCAGCAAAUUAAGCCUGUGUAUGAGAAACAGAUUUUGCAUCUGAACAAAGAGUUAGAAGCUAUCAGUGAUAAUAAAAAUAAAGAAAUUGCAUGUUUGCAAGAAACUAUCAAAAGUCAUUUUCAGCAUUCCCAUAGUGAAAUAAAUAAUUUACAGGAAGACCUUAUAAAGUUAAAAAAUGCACAUGAGGAAGAGGUGUCAGAGUUGAUGCAUCAGCUCGAAACCUCUGCUAAAGAAAAUGAAGAAAAGCUAAAACAGAUAGAUAAGCUAACACAAGAUUUGGCAGAACAAUUUUUGAUAAAAGAGAAGAGCAUAAGGGACAAUCUACACUGUAGUAACGAGGAGUCUGUGUGUGACCAAGAACACCAAACAGAAGCUCUAAGUAAAAAUAAAGAGAAUCAAAUUAAUGUUAUAGAUACACAAGAGGACCUGUGUGCAGAAACACAAAUGGAAGAAAAUGUGAGGUGUUUAGAACGUACCUUGAAAGAACUGGAAUCUCAACAUAGUAUAUUAAAAGAUGAACUAACCUAUAUGAGUAAUGUUAAAUUAAAACUGGAAGCGGAAAUCCAGCACACAAAGGAUGAGUACUUUCAUGAGCGAGAAGACUUGGAAUUUAAAAUUAAUGAACUGCAGCUUGCUAAGGAAGACUAUUGUGGUUUAAUUGAAAAACUAAAAUCUGAGCUCCAAGCAACAAAACACCAAUGUGAAAUCACUGUAAAAGAACAUAACUUAGAAAUUCAGAAUCUGAGAAACGAACAUAUGAGAGACAUGUCUGCACUAAAGGAAACUUUAUUAUCAAGUUCGGAAAAAGAAAAUAUGGCAUUAGUUUUUGAAAUACAGGAGCUUAAGGAACAAUAUCAAAAGCUCAUGCAGGAGAAAGAAGAAGCAGUGUCCAGUUAUGAGAGCUUGAGGGAAACGCUGGAAACUCUACAAACAGAAUUGGGGGAAUCUGCUGGAAAAAUCAGCCAGGAGUUUGAGACAAUGAGGCAACAACAAGCUUCUGAUGUCAGUGAGCUACAACAAAAACUCAGAGCUGCUUUCAAUGAGAAGGAUGUUCUUCUUGAAACUGUGAAUCGUCUCCAGGAGGAGGCAGAAAAAUUAUCAUCAAAACAAACAGAAGUGGAAGAAUUUAAGAAUAAAAUAAUCUUGCUUCAAGAGGAGAAUGAGUCAGUGAUGACCUGUCUCCAUCAAAAAGAGGAUGCAGUAAAAGAACUGGAAGAAAAGUUGAUUGUUCUUGACACUCAGAAAGAUGGUAUCUUAAAUCAAGUGAAGAACUCUGCUGAAGAGAUUGAAAACCUUCAAGAAGCAUGCAAGAAAGAACAACAAAGGGUUCUGGAACUUCAACAACAAGCAAAAGUUGUUAACCAGUGUAACAGUGAACUGAGAAAAAUGGUAGAGGAAUUGACGGAGAGCCUAAAUGUAGCUUUAAUAGAGAAAAAUGAGAAUAACCACAAGUUAGAGCAAUUGGAGGGAAAAACUGAAGCUCUUUUGCUUGACAACAAGAGUCUCUUAUCUCAAGCAAGUAGUCUUCAGGAGGAAAAUAUGCAAGUCAGUAAAGAAAAAGACAGAUUAACUAGAGACUUGGAAAAAAUUACGUCUGAGAAGGAGGGUUGGUCAGUAUUUAAAGAACAAGUGGAAAGUUUAGAAAAGGAACUACAAAAAGCUGUCAAUGAAAAAGACCACUUAAUGGUACUACUUGAAAGUGAAGAAACACACAAAUCCCUUGCCAGAACUCAGCUACACGCUCUGUUUGAGCAAUUGGGGUCCACAUUUUCAGAUUACGAUAAAGAAUGUGAUGCUGUUAAUUUAUUACAAAUUGCAAAUGAAUACUUGGUGAAAAUGAAAGAGGAAGAAAAGAACCUGACUUUACAAAAGGAUGAAAAAAUUCUUCAUUUGCAGCAGGAGAUAGGGAGGCUUCAGGAAGAAAAUGUUGCUCAGUAUUCAGAACUUAGGUCUCUUCUUCAAGAUUUUGAACAAGAAAAAGGUCUCUUAAAAGAAGAACUGGAAGGAGCUUUGUCAGAAAAAGAAGCACUUCAGCUGGACAUCCAGGAGUUAGAGAGAGCCAGUGAGAAAGCAAGGAAUGAAAACCAAGAUCUUCUUGUUCACAUUGAAGAGAUCUUUCAAAAACUUGCUAGUUACGAAAAUCAAACCCAAGAGCAGCACAAGGACUCUAGUACAGAAGACCAAGAAAACUUAAAUCUCACUCUAGAAAAAAGAGACAUUGAACUCAAAAGCGUGAAAGCGGAACUGAACUCUCUAAAGGACUUAGUGGAGAAGUUGACUAUGAAAAAUGACCAACAGUCUUCAGUAGCAGAGCUUCAAGAAAAAAUUGUAAAGCUGGAAAGGGAAUCUACAGAGAGAAAAGAAAAGUUAAACAAAAUUAAAAUGGUUGCUGUGAAAGCAAAGAAAGAACUAGAUUCUAGCAGAAAAGAGGUCCAGGGUCUUAGAGAAGAAUUAGAAUUGGUACGAUCAGAGAAAGAUCAGUUACCUGCUUCUAUGAAGGAUAUCAUUCAAGGAGCUGAAAGCUAUAAGAAUCUCCUAUUGGAAUAUGAUAAGCAAGCAGAACAACUGGAUUCUGAAAAGGAUCGAGCAAAUAACCUUGAACGUCAGAUAGAUGACAUUACAAGACAAUUCCAAACAUCAGCUCAGCAGCAAGACCUGCUGCGCUCUGCUAAUGAAGACCUUAUGACUCGUAUCGAAACUUUACAAUCUAAUGCCAAGCUUUUAGAAGCACAGAUACUGGAAAUGCAGAAAGCAAAAGUAAAAGUUGACAAAGAACUGGAAGCUGAAAAACUUCUAAAAGAGCAAAAGAUAAAGGACCACAGCUGUUCUCUAAGAGAACUGGAAGAAAUUCAGAUGCAGCUUCAGAAGGAAAAGAAACAUCUUCAGAAAACUAUGCAGGAGCUAGAGCUGGCAAGGAAGGAUGCACAGAAGAGCACACUGAUGGACAUGGAAAUAGCUGAUUAUGAGCGAUUUGUGAAAGAACUUAAUCAAAAGAUUACAGAUAAAAAUAGCAGAAUUGAAGACCUUGAGCAAGAGAUCAAAAUUCAGAAGCAGAAGCAAGAAACCCUGCAGGAAGAAAUAAAGUCCCUUCAGUCAUCUGUGCAUCAGUAUGAGGAAAGGAACACCAAGAUAAAACAACUGCUGGUGAAAACCAAAAAAGAACUAACAGAUUCAAAACUAACUGAAAAUGAACAUCUGAUGCUUCAAGCAUCAUUAAAAGGAGAGCUAGAAGCAAGUCAGCAGCAAGUGGAAGCCUAUAAGAUUCAGGUGGCUGAACUUGCAUCAGAAAAACACAAGGUCCAGGAACAUCUGCGGACGUCCGUAGAGCAACAUCAACGAAUGCUGAGCACUUAUCAGCAGAAAAUUACUACCUUACAAGAAGAAUGCAGUACAGCAAAGGCAGAACUUGCUGCUGUUACUUCUGAAUUUGAAAGUUACAAAGUCCGUGUUCAUAACGUUUUAAAGCAACAAAAGAAUAAAUCUGCUUCUCAAACUGAAACUGAGGGAGCCAAGCAAGAAAGAGAACAUUUGGAAAUGAUGAUGAACCAAUUAAAAGCCAAGUUACAAGAUACCCAGAAUAAUUUACAAAUCAAUGUAACUGAACUCCAAGCAUUGCAGUCUGAACAUGACACCCUGCUGGAAAGACAUAAUAAAAUGCUGCAGGAGACAGUCGCAAAAGAGGCAGAACUCCGAGAAAAACUCUGCACAAUACAGUCUGAGAACUUAGUCAUGAAGUCAGAGCAUGUACAGGCUAUGAAUCAGCUCACGGCUCAGAAUGAAGCCCUUCGGAACAGCUUUAGAGAUCAAGUCCGGCAUCUGCAGGAAGAGCAUAGGAAGACAGUAGAAACAUUGCAGCAGCAGCUGUCCAAGGUAGAGGCCCAGGUCUUCCAACUCAAAAGUGAGCCUAGCCCCAGAGGGCCAGCUGUUUCAAACCUACCAGUGAAGAACUCACGAGAACGGAGAAACAACACUGACCUCCUCCUUCUUGAUAUGAACGCUGUCACUAGAGAAGAGGGAGAAGGAAUGGAAACAACUGACACAGAGUCAGUCUCUUCUGCCACUACUCACAUACCAUCACUGGAACAACUUCUUAAUUCUCCUGAAGCAAAAGCUGAGCCACCUUCAUGGCAGACUGAGCUCAGCAGGGAAGAGCUACUACAGAAGCUGAACACAACAACAAAGAGUGCUGAUCAUUUGAAUGGAUUGCUUCGUGAAUCAGAAGCAACAAAUGCAAUCUUAAUGGAACAAAUUAAGCUUCUUAAGAAUGAAAUAAGGAGACUGGAAAGGAACCAAGAGCGAGAGAAAUCUGUUGCUAAUCUAGAAUACUUGAAAAACGUUCUGCUGCAAUUCAUAUUUCUGAAAUCAGGAAGUGAAAGAGAGAGGCUGUUGCCAGUAAUAGAUACCAUGUUGCAGCUCAGCCCUGAAGAAAAGGGAAAGCUUGUUGCAAUCGCUCAAGGUGAAGAAGAAAGUGCUUCACGACCUUCUGGGUGGGCCUCAUACCUUCACAGUUGGUCAGGACUUCGAUGAGGCAACAGACAAGCUGAAUCUUCAAUACUUACAUUCCAUGAUUGCACUAAGAAAGAAAUGCUAAUAUACAAGAAUGAAGCAUACAUAAAUAGCAGUGGCAGUUUUAUUUUUUUUCAAACUACCUGCAGCAGCAUAUGUUAACCUA